AUGAUUGCCUCAGAUGUCGAGUCCUCUAUCGCACAUUAUUUUUCAUAUAUUGCUAGUUUGAAUUGUGAAUCGUCUAAAGUCCCUUCUACUGUACGCUACAACUUUAGAAAAGAUGGGGUGUCUUCGUCUGAUCCAUCAUGUGGAAACAGCCAAUCUACCCAAUCCAUUGAACAAACUCAUACGGUGGGAAUUAACACAAGAACAACUCGAGAAAUACUGGAAAGACUUCAAUCUUUGGAGGAAGAAAUACGAGGAAUGAAAAAUAAUGGGGGAUUUCGAGAAGUGGAUGACUUGGAAAUUUCAAGGAGGAUUACGUAG